AUGAAACAAUUAACAGUAGUAUGGCUUGUUCUUAGUUUUACAAUUGCGAUUGUUUCUGGCAAGAAAUGUCCAUUAGAUCCGCCAUGUAAAUGUACGCAAAGGACAGGAAUAAUCGAUUGUUCUAGUAAAAAUCUAACAGAAAUACCUCCUUUAUCAAAGAAUUUAAGUGAAAUAAACUUCAGUGGAAAUUUGAUCACGGAAAUUCCUGACUAUGUUUUCCAAAACAACGAUCAACUUGAAUCGUUAGACUUAUCCCACAAUCUAAUUUCUAAAUUACGUCAGAGAUCCUUUUCUGGACUAGUGAGUCUUAAAAGACUACUUCUAAACAACAACAACAUAAUAGCUGUACAUGAGUAUGCUUUGACUGUCUUAAAGAGUUUGCUGGAACUUAACUUUAAAAGGAACCCUUAUGACUCAUUGGAUUUGAACUUAACGGGAAUUUCACUUGUUACGGCCAAAUUAGACUUCCGACAACCAAACAACAUGACUAGAAAUUUUUGGAGAAUGCCGAAUCUCAGAAACUUGGAUGUAUCUGGUGUGUCUGGUGCAUGUAAUGUGAAAACUUUAACAGCACAAGUCUUUCGACUGUUACCAAAAAUUGAAACAAUUAAUAUGUCGAAAUGUUCUAUCAAUUACAUUUAUAAAGGAACCUUUCGUAAGUUAAGCAAUUUGACUAACCUUGAUGUGUCGUUAAAUCGAUGUUUAAAGUUUUCGGGUAUCGAAAAUAUUACCUACGAUCUGCCAUUUACAUCAAUUAAAACAUUGAAUAUUAACAGAGUGCAUCAAAAUUUCGAACUAAAUACAGAAAUCACUAUUACAAAUUUUCAGAACCUUAAAAAUACAACACUAGAAACUUUACACAUUGAUGGUAAUAGAAUCCAACUAGUUGAGCCAGGAGCGCUUUUGCAUUUACCAAAAACGAUGCAAAAUUUGUUUGCGGCUGAAAAUGAAUUUUCCUAUAGUGGUUUUAUUGACGAUAUCACAAAGGUUCCGAUACUGUUUGCAAAUAUAUCAAAUUUGUUUGCAGUACAUAAUCCAACCGAAGUACCAGAAACGUGUGACUUUGUUGAAAACAGAUGUAUAAGAUCAAAAGACGGCAAUAAAAGAUUAUCAGAACUUUACCUGCAUCCACAGUUGGAGGAAAAUAAGACUUAUCCAGCUUUUAUACCUGUAUCGGUUCCCCCGAAUUUGACUACGUUUAUUUGCAAAGGUUGUAAUCUGCGAUAUGAAAUUCCCCUUGUUUUCAUUACAAACAAUAAACUGAAACAUAUUGAUGCUAGCUCAAACAUAUUUUUCUCUUGGACUGGACCUCUGCAGUCGUUAAAUAACCUUGAAUACGUAAAUAUGUCAAAUAAUUUCUGUUCCAACAUAUCUAAGAAUUUUUUCAUAGGACUUCUAAAUCUAAAAUACCUUUACAUUCAAAAUAACUUGCUUGGCUUUGUUUUGCCAAAAGAUGAGGAUGGCGAAAUACUAAGAGACGUUAAAAAACUUGAAGAAAUUGACUUGUCGUUAAAUAGAAUCCAACUGCUUCCAUGGUUGUUUUUCAAACAGCAGAGAUUGCUACGCAAGUUGACUAUUAGUAAUAACAUGUUAGAUAAUAUCACAUUUGAUUUAAGUCAUAUGGAUCACUUGAUGUACCUUGAUAUUUCAAAAAACAGACUGUCAUCUCUUUCUAUAAGUUUUCGGGAUCAGCUUAAAGCGAAAUUCAAAAAGAAUGAAAAUCUUAAAGUUGAUAUAAGCGAGAAUAAUUUUCGAUGCACUUGUGACAAUGUCGAUUUCGUUCAAUGGGUUUCAAUAUAUCAUCCAUAUCUUGACAAUUUACAUUUAACAAGCUGCUAUCUUAAAGAUAGAACCACACUUAACCUGAAAGAAGCUCAACAUAUAUAUGAUAUGCUUAAAAAAGAGUGUUCAUCAUAUACUGCUCUGAUCAUAGGAAUGGUAGUACUCGUCGCCUUCUUUGGGUCAAUAGUUCUUUGGGGUUUAAUAUAUAGACACAGGUGGAAAAUACGCUAUCUGUACUAUAUAAUCAAAAGUAAAUAUCAAGGCACAAUAAAAACACCAAUUAACACCGAUACUCGCGAAUAUAAAUACGAUGCAUUCAUUUCCUACGAAGAAUAUGACUCAAAUUUUGUACACAAUAAUCUUUUACAUCAACUUGAAAGAGAAGGAGGACUAAAACUAUGCAUCCAUAAAAGAGACUUUAUCCCAGGAAACGAUAUUGCGGCUAAUAUUACUUCAUCUAUUCAUGUUAGUCGUAAAGUAAUCAUUGUUAUGUCAUGUCACUUUUUAGAAUCGUACUGGUGCAUGUUCGAAUACAACAUGGCAAGAAUGGAAAGUAUUUAUUCUAGAGAUAAAGAAAAUAUUUUAUUUAUGAUUUUCCUGGAACAAAUCCGACCUGGGCAGCUACCACUUCACAUUCUAGAACUUGUACAAGAUCAGUCUUACAUUGAGUAUCCGAAUGAUGAAUAUGGCAACACAGUGUUUUGGGAAAAGCUAAGAGAAGUCCUAGCACGUUAAUAUCGGUACAGAUAAGAAGAGGAAUAGCAGUACUGCUUUUCGAAGUUCUAAAAUCAGAGCGGAGUUAGUAGAAUGAAUAGUAGACGUUAGCAAUAGUCUUCAUAUACAAUAAAGUAAACUUUUAUUCCCUAAGUAUCAUAAUCUGUUAAACAACAUACAUUAUAUGUAAUAACGUAUUAGACAUAUCUAUCAUAUGUUGACAUUCUAUAUAUCUGUCUUUCAUUUUUAUGAUUACAUUUAUUAAAAUAUAUUA